GCUGUGAGCUUAAAGCAGAUAAAGAAUAUCAGUUCAAAGUAGAUGAUGAAGAAAACGAGCAUCAGUUGUCUUUGAGAACGGUUACUUUAGGGGCUGCAGCCAAAGAUGAGUUACACGUUGUAGAAGCAGAAGCAUUGGACUACGAAGGCAACCCUAUUAAAGUAGUACUGGCAUCGCUGAAAAUGUCAGUGCAGCCUACGGUUUCACUAGGUGGCUUUGAGAUCACACCACCGGUGGUCUUGAGGUUGAAAUGUGGUUCAGGGCCUGUUUACGUCAGUGGUCAACAUCUCGUAGCAUUAGAGGAAGAACCAGAAUCAGACGAUGAGGAAGAUGAUACAAAAAUUGUGAACACUUCGACAAAGAGACCAGCGAGUGGAGGAGGAGCUAAAACACCACAGAAAAAAGCAAAAUUGUCAGAAGAUGAUGAGGACGAUGAUGAAGAUGAGGAGGAGGAAGAUGAUGAUGAGGAUGACUUAGAGGAUGAUGAGGAAGAAAUAAAAACACCAAUGAAGAAACCUGUCCGUGAGGCUUCAGGAAAAAAUAUGCAGAAAGCAAAGCAAAAUGGAAAAGACUCUAAGCCGUCCACACCAGCAUCUAAAUCAAAAACUCCAGAUUCCAAGAAGGAUAAAUCUCUAACUCCAAAAACACCGAAAGUCCCUCUGUCAUUAGAGGAGAUUAAAGCAAAAAUGCAAGCGUCUGUAGAUAAGGGUUCUUCCCUUCCUAAGCUGGAACCCAAAUUUGCCAACUAUGUUAAGAAUUGCUUCAGGACGGAGGACCAGAAGGUCAUUCAAGCUCUCUGGCAGUGGAGGCAGACUCUGUAAGAAAAGAAAACAGUUUAAACAGUUCAUUAAAAUUUGCAGUCUUAUUUCUGUAACCAUUAUUUGGCUGUC